UAAAUCAAAGACACAUGCUCUCUUUCUACUCCUUUUUCUCUCGUCAACAACAACAAAAAAACCAAGAGGACAGCUUGGUUUUACAAAUCAUAUUAUUCCCAUUAUUAUUCUUUCUUUUUUUAAAAAAAAUUUAAAAGAAAAACAUUUAGGCUAAGAUCACGGCAUAAAUUUUGGUCUGACUCACUUAGAUUUGAACAACAAAGUUUCAAAUUUCCAGAUUUCAGGCAAUAACAUUUCGUCAGUCAUGGAGAACUCCGGCGAGUUUCCGGUAUCGGCGGCGAAGCAAGAAGAUGAAGUUAUCGAAAUUCCAUCUUUGUUGACUGUCAUUUCAUCCAAGGAAAUUCAAGGUUUUGAUACUACUGAAGGCAUUGACAAGAUUGCAGAUAACAGAGAAACUGAAGUAACAAAUGGGAUUCAAUCUGUGUCAAUUAGCAUGCCACAUACACCAAGGAAGGUGUAUUUUAAUGAUCACCCUCAAGAAUUUUCAUCCAAAGUUGUUCCACAUGGUUCUCCUCCUUCCGAGACAACUGAAGCUAAAUACUACUCUCAGCCAAUGCCGAGAACGGCGACUCCCGUCGAGGUGGCCGGUAACGGACAAAACCCGGCCCAGUAUUCCGGCCCACAGGCGAGGAACCCCCACGUAGAACGACUCAAGGACGCAAGGUUCGACUCUUUCAAGACGUGGUCCGGUAAGCUCGAGAGGCAGUUGUCUCACCUCAGAGGAAAACCCGUCGAGCCACAGCCAGAACGCAAGCCUCGUGACCACGCAGAGGGCGAGCCAUUGCCUGUGGAUCGGUACUUUGAUGCAUUAGAAGGACCUGAACUGGACACUCUUCGUCCAUCAGAGGAGUUGAUGCUCCCAGACGACAAAACAUGGCCGUUCCUCCUCCGUUUCCCAAUCGCCUCCUUCGGUAUAUGCCUCGGCGUAAGCAGCCAAGCCAUCCUAUGGAAAACCAUAGCAAACUCCUCCUCCACAACCUUCCUGAAAGUCAGCCCUUUAGUAAACUUAAUCCUCUGGACAAUCUCAAUCGCAUUAGUAAUCAUCGUCGCCAUCAUCUACUCCCUCAAACUCAUCUUCUACUUUGAAGCAGUUCGCCGUGAAUACUACCACCCAAUAAGAGUCAACUUCUUCUUCGCACCAUUCAUAUCACUCCUUUUCUUAGCACUCGGUUGCCCACCAUCUGUAACCAAGGACCUUCACCAAUCACUUUGGUACAUCCUCAUGUUCCCCUUCUUGUGCCUAGAACUUAAAAUCUAUGGUCAAUGGAUGUCGGGUGGUCAACGGAGGUUAUCCAAAGUGGCUAACCCUGUUAACCACCUGUCUGUAGUCGGAAACUUUGUGGGUGCUUUGUUGGGUGCGUCUAUGGGUCUUAAAGAAGGACCUAUCUUCUUCUUCGCGGUUGGGAUGGCUCAUUACACGGUUUUGUUUGUGACUCUUUAUCAACGUCUUCCUACGAAUAAGACGCUUCCUAAGGAGCUUCAUCCUGUGUUUUUUCUCUUUGUUGCUGCUCCUAGUGUUGCUUCUAUGGCUUGGGCUAAGAUUCAAGGGUCUUUUGAUUAUGGUUCGAGGAUUGCUUACUUCAUUGCCAUCUUCCUCUACUUCUCUUUGGCCGUACGGAUCAACUUCUUCAGAGGAUUCACAUUCUCAUUAGCAUGGUGGGCAUACACAUUCCCAAUGACAGGAGCAGCAAUUGCAACCCUAAGAUACUCAAACGAAGUAACAAAUUGGGUGACAAGAACUUUAGCCUUAAUCUUAACCGCAAUCUCAACACUAGUAGUUACCUCCUUACUAGUGACAACUCUUCUCCAUGCCUUUGUGUUUAGAAACCUGUUCCCUAACGACAUAGCAAUUGCCAUCAGUGAUAGAGCGGUUAAGCCGCAACGUAAGAAGUGGUUUAAGCAUCUGAGACAUGGGAGUUCAGAUGCUAAUGAUAUUGAGCAGUACUUGAAGUUUGUUAGUACGGAAGGGAACGAUGUUGAAUCUUCUGUUGAACCUUCUAGAAACAAUAAUAAUGAGAAGGAGGAGAAUGGUGGGAUUGUCUAGAAGUUUCUGGAAUGUGUUGAAGAUUAACAAGGGAUAUAUGGAACUCAUGGAAGAUGAUGGAAGGAAGAGCCAAUGAAGUCUCUAUGACUAUCAAGAAUUGAGAGAGAGGCUUAAUAAAUAUGAUGUUGUAAUAAGAGAUAUUCUCUCCGUCUCAAUUUACUGCUGCUUGUUUGACCAGUUCUUGUGAGAGUUUUUUGGUCAAAAUGGGGGAAGUAAAACGAGACUGGGGGAGUAAGUGUUGGUUCUUGUUAAGUUACUCGGUAAAUAAGAAGGUUUCGGUUUGUACAUGUGUACAAAGAGUUCGAGGAUUACUAUGAAGAGAUCGCGGUGAUUAAGGCUUAAUUAGUUGUUAUUACAUUGAAGGAAGUUAUCUUCCCUCCGAGCUAUUGUGACUUGUGAGGGAUGAACUUUACUUGACUAUAUGAAAAAAGGUCCUUAAAGUAAUGUGGAGCCUAAGUUUUUGUAUCAA